AUGUCUGCCCAAGGCUACAGUUUCGAGGAGCAGAUGCAAUUCGCGAAAGAGCUUCGAGAUGCGUACAACAAAGAUGGCAAUGGAACCCACAACCUUCGUGGUAGAGGCAUUAGAGUCGGUAGGGGUUCUUCAAGUGGCCAUGGAGGACGCUUCAGCUCGGCUUUAGCCAAGAGUGAAAGCUCUGUAACGUCUAGUGUUACAUCGCCUUUCUCGCCUUCUCAGUACACGUCGCGUCCGGGCGUGAAGACUUCGUUUGCCGGCAAUGGUGGCUUUUCUCCCGAAGCCCUUGCCAGAACUUCUUCAUUCGCAGGCAACUCCAGUAUAUCGACUGCUGCUACGGCAAGUCCGAAGCCCACAGAAGAACAUCAACGUAACACUCUUCCGCCUCACUUGAGAAUCCAUUUGCAUCACUCGGGAGCAGUUUUGGGGGCCUCUCAAUCCACAAACACUUCGACUUCGACGACUGAUAAGAACCCCCCUGUUCUUCAUCGCAGUACCAACGACCAGAAGAGGGUUGUACCACGUUCAAAUGACUCCGAUGUACCCGUAAAGCGCGCUCGCAAGGAUUGCUCUGCCGACAUUGACCGACAGAACGGAGUCCCUAUCGUGGAUUCACUCAGACGCAACGUUAUGACCAAUGAAGAGAAUGUUCCAACUAGAGAUUCUCAGGAUCAGCUUUCUAGUACGGCUGGAGUCGAACUGAACAUGACUUCCGAGUUGCCGCUAGUUGAAGCACAAGGUUCGACCGAAUCACCCUCGCCAGUUUCAGCCCAGUCAGACACGAACAUGCAGCCAGUUCAGUCUCUUCAGCACACUCAUAAUGUCUCAGACAUAGGCAACCUGUAUGUUAAGAUGGCAGGGAUGGACAUCGACGAUGACAACCCUGUAUCUCGCCAAUCUGCGAAAAAGCACGGCGGUAUCCUCGAGUCCAAGUGGGCCGAUAAUUCUUGCGGCGCAUCGACAGCUGUCAAGCAGGCAAUUGCUGAUCCGUGGGAGCGAUGGAUUCCGACACAUAUCUCGCAUCCUACCCCGGCGCCAGCUCAUAUUGUUAGUCUUCUUGGCGGACAAGACAUUGAGAAAAAGUCGAAUCUGGGGAAAUCUUCUCAAGUGGUACCGAGAUCGUACCAAGUUACCCUGGAACAAUCCUCCGUUUCGUAUGGUCCUCGCCGUGGCAAUGGUCGAGGUGGUAUGGCUGCUUCAAGAUAUGCGUCUUGA